AUGGCAGGAGCGGAAGCAAGAGCAGUGUGGCAAAGAACAGUAAACCGUUACUUUGUCCAAGAAGACGCUAAAAGAGCUCCCAAGCUAACCUGUUGCCAAUCUUCUUCAUCUACAAAACAGGUUGAAGAAGAUUCUGUGGGGUCUUCUCGAGCUCUUGUUGAUCCUCAGAAUCAACCAUCUUCUCCUCCAGGUCUAAUGCCUCUUCAUCGAAACCCCAAUUUCCCGGAUCGUUUACCACACAACACCAGCUUGUGGGGUCAUCAUCAUCAUCACAGUCAGCCAAACCAACAACAAGUCAAGAAGCAGCCACUGCAGGCUGAGGCUGAGGCUACUAAUAUCUCUGAGAAGAAGAAACCUGAAUUGGGAGUGAAAACAUCUUCCAAGUCUGAAAGCUUUCAAGAAUUCAUAGAUUAUGGUUCAGUUGGGUAUGAUGAGAAGAAGCUAAACGAGGUAGCUUUCGAUCCAUGGAAUCCUCUCUCAAGCGAGAAAGCUGGACCUUGGUGGCGAACUACGGAUAAAGACGAGUUAGCUUCUUUAGUUGCACAAAGAUCUCUUGACUAUGUUGAGAACUGUGAUCUACCAACACCACAGAAGAUGAAACGCUCUUAUUACGGCAGUCCACGUAGUUUCCGAGACUCUGUAACCAUCCAGGAGCACGGGAGAGGAACCAGCUUCAAGAACAGAACCGAGGAGGCGGCUUCGUCUGAGUCUGAUGAUCUUAGCAAAUCCGAGCUGCUAGAAGCGCUGAGGCAUUCGCAAACGCGAGCUAGGGAAGCGGAGAACAUGGCGAAAGAAGCGUAUGCAGAGAAAGAGCACUUGGUGAAGCUCCUGUUCAAGCAAGCCUCUGAGAUUUUCGGGUACAAGCAGUGGUUGCAACUGCUUCAGCUGGAAGCACUUUACCUCCAAAUCAAGAACAAGAAGACUGAGAACAAUAAGGAGAAGGAGGAGCCACCGGUUUCGAUGCCAUGGAGCAAUAGCAAAGCGAGAAAACCGGGGAUGAGGAAGAGGAGAAGCAAGAGGGGUAAUAAACCGAGUGCAGCAAAGUACGCUGUUGGUUUAGCUUUGGGGAUGAGUCUUGUUGGUGCCGGUUUGCUUCUCGGAUGGACUGUUGGAUGGAUGCAGAUGUUAUCCUUCUGA